AUGGAGGAUCCCGCAGGGGAGGAUCUGCCGGUGGAGGACGCUGCUCGGUGUGAUCGGUACACCAGCAGUGAAGAGGAGCAAGCUCGUUCAGUCCCGACCACCGAAGACAGGGUGACUGGGAAGAGGCCAUUGGCAGCAGAUCCCUCACCUACGCCGACGCUGCCGGCGGAAAGCAGCCAAGCGCCAAAGCACCGUCGACUCGUCCGGAUCGCCGACGACGACGAUGAGGAGGAGGAGGCCGCACCGACGCUAGUCCGGAGGCCUCGCGGUCAUUCAGAUAAUGCGCCGACCACCACUGAUCGGGUGGCCAGCGACCCUCCUGCACCACGCGUCGCAGAAACGGGAGCACCGGCGCCGACCGGCAGGGCCAGGAGAAGGUUCACCGCAACCCACCGUCGAUCAGACCUCGUGGCGUCGGACGUCAACCCCGACCAAGUCGCGGAGCAAAGGACGGCCGAGCCUGCUGCCGCCGUUGAGGACGCCGCGCCACAGGCCACGGAGCAGCCCGCGGCGGCGGCCGCUGCUACAGUUGAUUUCGAGUUCCCUGGUGUUGUCGGCCGUUGA